UGUGCUCAUGAGAUGCUGUGAAACCCACACCCUUCCUCCUCGCGCACACAUAUUUGGUGCCCUAGCUAGUGAAGGUACGCGUGUGUGUCAAUGGAAGCCACCGCUGUUGCUCUCUGGGUUGAGAGAAUUGCUUUCCUUUUGUUAUCGUGCUUUACCAGCAUCGAAAGUUGUGGCUUUGGCUGGGGGGCCGUGCUUGGUCUCUUGGCACUGUCUAACUUCCUGUUUAGGUGUGCCAUGGAAGAAAAGGCUUCUGCAGUAAAAUUGAAGAAGCUCCACAAAAAUCUAAAGAACUCUGACUCGAGGAUCAAUAUCGAGCGAUGUUCUGAUGUCGAGAGCAACACCAACGAAGAAAAGAAAGCAGUUGAUGAGGAUGGAGUGAACAACAGAGCUACCUCUGGUGAAGGAGGAGAGGACUUGACCAUGACGUCCAAACUCUUUGAAAUAUUGAAGAAAGCUACAAAUAAUUGUGAUGCAGAAAAGCUUUCAUACAAAUGGCAGGAAAUGGUGGUGAACAAAGUGGAGGAUGAAUUCAAGAAAUACCGAGCCCUCGGUGAUGAAGAACUGAGGAAAGCAAAAGGAGGAUGCGAGGAAGAAUUCAAGAAGAAGCUGAAAAUCAAGGAGGAAGAAUUGGAAGCCAAGCAUGACGAGGAGAGACGCAGAUGGGAGAAAGAGAGGAAAAUCUUGAAAGAAAAAUAUGAAAUGAUGCGAUGGACAUAGGCACCUUACCGAGAAUAUUUCAUGCUAGAUCUUACGCAUAAUAUUUUAUUCUUGCUCUAGUGCUCUAGGAAAAGUUGUGUAAUGGCAGAUUUUUACUCUAUAGUAUCUCCUAGCCAUAUUAAUUAACAGUAUUGGUGAUUAACUACAGAUUAAUUUCUAAUAUAAAAGAAAAAGAUGAUGAUAUUAUGAAUA